AUGCUCGAUAGACGCCCUUCGCGCCAGCAUGGCACACUAGACAAAUCGCCAGGGUGGCGCGCAACGAGGCGACGGCGUGCGCGCAGAGGAUGUCCUGAUUCUAGCCCAUCCAAGCAGUGCCUUUGUGAUCGACGUCCCGCGGGGCGGCAGGACGCGGCGCCCCGCACGCAAGGCACCCGCGGCGGCGUGCCAGCCCAAGGCGCGCAGAAGGGCAUCAGCAGGGGAUCGGCUAUCGGCUACAUGACGCAGCGUGAGUGCGCAGAUGCGCGAUCGAAACUUACCCAGAGGUACGCCGGCGUUACGGGGAGGCAGCUGCUUGUCUUGUGGUCGCGGUCGACCGUUUGUGGCGGGCUGUCGUUCGGAGCGCGGGUGGGGGGCAGACGCGUGAGCACGGAGUUCGAUGGCGGUCCGGGGGAAGCUGGAGGGUGGAAGCAGCCGGCGGCGUUGGAGCGGCGCGCAUCUGUGGGCGGAGAACAGCUUGACUCUUGUGAGACCAUCGCGGCUGAGGGCAUUCUGCUCUUUUGA